AUGUUUACUGGUUUGAUCGAACAUUUGGGAACAGUCUCCCACAUCGAAGUCGAUUCACAAGGGUGCACGUUGAUUAUAUCGAAUUGUGCGCCCAUCUUGGAUGACUGUCACAUCGGUGAUUCAAUUGCGACGAAUGGUGUUUGUUUGACAGUCACGGAUUUCAACCGUGAAGAAAACGGAGGAUGGUUCAAAGUCUGGCUAGCUAAUGAAACACUUGAGAGGAGUGAUCUUGGAGAGAGAAAGGUUGGAGAACAGGUCAACUUGGAACGCGCGAUGGGAUCACAUACACGGUUCGGGGGACACUUCGUCCAGGGCCACGUAGAUGGUACAGCGAUAAUACUUUCCAAAACACCAGACGGAGAUUCAGUUCGAUUCCUAUUCCAGUUCCUGGAAGGCAAGACUAAUCUACUCCCGUACAUCAUCGAGAAAGGUUACGUAGCGAUUGAUGGUACUUCGCUCACAAUUACAGAGGUGAACGAUGGAGAAAGAACGUUUGGCGUCAUGUUGAUUCAGCAUACACAAGAAAUGAUAACAUUGCCGACGAAGGCUGUAGGAGCCAAGGUGAAUAUUGAAGUCGACAUGGUUGGGAAAUAUGUAGAAAAGGGUGUUCUAGCUGCAAUGGGAGGGUCUGGAGGGUCUGCGAUAAGGGCGAUGGUCGAGAAGGUCGUUGAGGAUGUUUUGGCCAGGAAGGGAGUUGCGUAG